CUUUGCUAUUUUUUUUUUUUGACGUUUCUGGUGAAAGUACGGGAGACAGAAUGAUGAUUUCUGCCCCGCAUCCACGCAUUUAUUUGCCUGUGAUUACACAGAGUGCAAUAUCUAGGUACAAUUAUUUUCGAUUUUGAAUUUGUACAUUGUUGGGGAUGAGUGUUAGGGUUGGACAGGUGUGGUAGAUAUACAUGAUUUGGUAUUUUCUUAAUUAUAAACAUUGCGUGGAUGGUAACAUUAACAUAUGAUUUUUGUUUGUUUACAUUUUUAAGAGUUUCAGGCAAUUUGCAUGAGUCAAUUUAUUUGAGUUUAAAAUUGGUUUUAUUUAUAUUUUCAGGUACCCCCGCCAGAAGGACGGAAGCACCGAGCCUCAGGAAUCUUUGCCGGUGGGGAAUGGGAGCUGCUUGUCCCAGUUAUUUGCAGUCGCAGGCUGCGCGCAACUUUUGAAUUUGAGUUGGGCCAGCGUUUCUGUUCGGAUCCCGCGCCGCCGUCAAUUUAGGUUUUAAUUUGCAAGAGGCUGCCAACCCGCCCAUGGGUCUCAUUGCCAGCCUUCAAAUGGUCCAAAUCGCAGUGGAUUCCCGCGCCGCCGUCUAAUUCCAAGGUCCAGGGAGUUGCUGCAUUUCAGCUGGAGUUCUUCAGUGCGUAGUGGAUUCCCGCGUCGCCGUCUUAUUCCAGGGUCCAGGGAGUUGCUUCACUUCGGUUGGAGUUCAUCGUGUGUCGGCGAGAGCGUCGUCAUUGCUUUGGAGUCACCAGGGUCGUCGCUUCUGUGGGUCGUCUCGCCAGGGAAAGGAGGCAUCUUGUGGACGCCGGGCCAAGAUGCUUUGCUUAGGGCCGACGCUCGUCCAAUUCGUCCAGGAUUUUUCAUUUUUGUCCGGUGGGAUUUGGGAAGGAAUGCAUUGCCUUGGAUUUAUAAAGAGCAUCGUCGGAGGGAUAUUGUCAGUAUGUCGUUGCUACCAAGAAAAGGUGGAAUUUAAGGGUCAAGAUUUUGACCUUUUGUCGGGUCAACAGCGCCGCACUUGGAAUUCGUGCCGAAAUCGUCGUUUUUCAUUUCGCCGAGUCGGGAAAUGGGAUGUUUUCAGUGUACUGUUGCUGCCGGGAAAAAAGUCGAAUUCAGGGGUCAUGCUUUUGGCCUUUUGCCAGGCCAGCAGCGCCGCGCUUAGGAUUCAGAAGGACGAGGGGGCAUCCUAG